AUGACGGCGAAGGUGGUGUCGGAGGUGCUCGGGACCUAUUUUCUGGUGCUGACGGUCGGCCUCAACGUUCUUGCCGAUUCCCUGGCUGGGGUCUUCUCCAUCGCGGCAUCGCUUAUGUGCAUGAUUUUCGCACUGGGCGAUGUUUCAGGCGCCCACUUUAAUCCGGCGGUGACCGCUGCGAUAUGGUCCAUUGGGAAGAUUGACGGUGCCGCAGCCAGCACAUACGUGUGCUUCCAGAUGUUCGGUGGCAUUCUGGCAGCCAUCACCUACGUCAUCAUCUACUCGGGGGCGUCCUUCGCCCUCGCCCCUGAGGACGGCUAUGGAGUGGCGGAGGUGGCCGUGGCCGAGACCUUCUUCACGUUCGUGCUCUGCCUCGUCGUGCUGAGCGUCGCGUGCUCGCCCAGCGCGGAGAAGGGUGGCUACUCGGAGGUGUUCGGGCUGGCCAUCGGCUCCUGCGUCACCGUGGGCGGCUACGCCAUCGGCGCCAUCUCGGGGGGCUGCCUGAACCCGGCGGUGUCUUUCGGCAUCGCGACGGGCGGCGCGAUCGGCGGCGAGGGCGUCUCCGAGAUCUACGACGAGGGCGCGUACUACACCCUCUUCGAGCUGGUCGGUGCGGGCCUUGCGGCGGGCGUGUACUUCACGACGCACGCUGCGACUGGCAUGGCGAAGUGA